CUCUGCAGAUCAAAAACAGGAAGCUGGGAGAGGCACUAGACCAAAGACAGGUGAUUGAGGAUGAACUGAGAGAGAGAGUUGAGAGGUUGGAAACUCGUCAGGCGACAGAUGAUGCGAGUUUGUUGAUUCUUAACAGAUACUGGAAUCAGGUAAUUAUUUGUUUUGUUUUUACUAACGAUGCACCGAUGUAUCAGCUGAUGAUGUUUUAUUGGCCAGUUAUUGAUCAAAUUUAAACCCAUCAACGUUUCGGUUAUAAGCAUGAAUACGCCGAUAUGAAAAACAGAUGGUUUAUUUAUAAUUAAUUAGUAACACACUGUGGCAGGGCGGAAGGCGUGGCCGGGUCGUCAUUCUACACACCCGGCUCCUAAUCAGGCUGAUUAGCCUGAGAGGGAUAAAGGCCGACUGGAGACGGCAGUGCGACAGAGAGAGAGAGAGAGUUACGGACAGCAGUCCGACACCUGUGUGUUUGUGUCUUUUGGUUUAAGUCCAUUAUUAAACUAUUAUUUAUAUUAUCAAGCCGGUUCUCGCCGCCUCCAUUCCAUCAGUGUGUUACACUGGUGCCGAAACCCGGGAAGGCAGAGGGAUGCGGCGUAGUAGAGUCCUCGCCACUACCAUCCACCCCAACGGAGCAGCCGCGGCCAUCCGCCAGGGGACGGAGGAGCCCGGCCGCCUGAAAGCGGAGGAACGGCUGCCGACCGCGAGGGGAGGAGGGGCUCCUAACCGACCGCCUGGAGCGGUCAGGGCCACUGCCAGGGGCGGCGGAGACCCCUACCAGCCGCUGAAAUGCGGCGGGGUCUCAGACCGCCGACUGCGAGCGGGGAGGGGCUCCUGGCCGACUGCCUGGAGUGGGAGAACCGCUGCCAGGGGCCGGGGAGACCCUUCCGUCCACCGAAAACAGGGGCCGGAGGACUGCCUCUGAUCUGCCCGGGGAGGCGCGGCUGUCGUCCACCAGAGGGUGGAGGAGUGGCCGAAGACCAGGCUACGGCGUAUCGGAGAACCGGCAAGUGAAUAUUUUUUUCUCUCUCUCUCCCGCUGCCGCUCUGUGUUGGCCUUUUCCCUCUCUUUUUAAAUGUUUUUGUUAAUUUGGCACGAUCGCGUUACGGCGUGUAGGUGCCACAUUUUUUUUUUUGUUUCCCUCCCCUUGUCCCCUCCCCUGAUCCAGGUAGACUGGGAUGACCUGCCGGCAGAUGGGGCUGUACAUCAUGCCGGGGGCUCCCCAGCCUGAGAGAAUGGGGGAGGAAUGUGGCAGGGCAGAGGGCGGGGCCGGGUCGUGAUUCCACACACCCGGCUCCUAAUCAGGCUGAUUAGCCCGAGAGGGAUAAGGGCCGACUGGAGACGGCAGUGCGACAGAGAGAGAGUUACGGACAGCUGUCCGACACGUUUUGACGAAAAUGUGCGGUUAUUUGCGUGGCGCUAUGACCAAUCAGGGAGUGAGCAAGUGGAAAGCCAGCCCCCUGAAGGGAGGAGCUUAAAACCAGGAACACCAGAACCAGAUGGAGACUCAAACCAGGAGAGGGCAAAAGGUCAACAGGGAGAGGGAGCAAAUUCAUUUUUGGCCACACUGGCCAGCAGCAGCAGUGAGGAGAUGGAAGCAGAGCUGCAGGAGAGAGUGGAAUCCAGCUGUAAACAGGCCAGCCGCGUGGUAGAAAUCUACGAGAACUUAAAGAAAACGGUAGAUCAGCUGAAGAAGGAUGUGGAGUCUGGCACAGAUGGCAGUCUCUGGGACGUCGCUGUCCGCCUGAACACCCUUCUGACUAAUGAAAACAAACGUCUCCGUCAGCUGACCGAUGGCCUCCAACAGAAAUAUAGUCACAUGACCAGUGAGUCUCGCUCAUUAGGCCGUGCAGCAAAUCGUGCCGAUAACAGAAUCAGUGAGCUGCAGGUUCUUAUUGAGGAACUCCAGUGGGAUAUGGAGAAGAUCAGACGGAGAGAAAAUCGACUCAACGCACACCUUGUGGAGGUGUUGGAACGGGUGAACAGUAAAGGUUAUAAGGUGUGUGGGGAGGCCAGUAGUGUAUGUGGAACCAUCACUAUCAACAAAAGAAAGUUUGAGGAGAUGAACAGUGAGUUGGAGGAGAACAGGGAGCUGGCAGAGAAUCGGCUGAGUGAACUCCAGAAACUCCAGCAUGACCUGGAGACUGUGUAUCAGGAGAACAAUAACAUAAAGGUGGAGUUGUUGUCCAGGGCUGAGGCGAUGGCCAGAGAGAGUGCUGACUAUCGCUGUCUGCAGUCUCAGUUUUCGGUGCUUUACAAUGAAUCGCUGGUGUUGAAAUCUCAGCUGGAUGAGACCAAAACAAGGCUCAACACAACCAGGACCGCCCGUCUACGCCAGCUGGACCACAUGGAGAAUGAUGAAGUGUCAUUGCAGCGUAAAGUCCGUACUGAAGUGAUUCAGCUGGAGGACACAUUAGCACAAGUACGCAAGGAGUACGAGAUGCUCAGGAUCGAAUUUGAGCAGACUCUAGCUGCUAAUGAACAAGCAGGCCCCAUAAACCGUGAGAUGCGACAUUUGAUCAGUACGCUGCAGACUCAUAACCAGCAGAUGAAGGGAGAGGUGGUUAAAUAUAAACUCAGACUGAGAGAGGCUCAGCAAGAGCUCAACCAACUCCGCGCUGCCAAAGGCAAUGCUGCUGUCCAGUCACAGUCAAGCACAGAGCUGGAUGUGAAGGAAGAAACCAUCUCCCCACUCACACCAGCCCAGACAAGUGACGUUACUGUGAAGACCGAGCCAGAUAACGGCUUAGCUACACCCAGCACCACUGGUGUAACGGUUAAGACAGAACCUGGAACAGAGACUGAGACUGUCGUAAAAGAGGAGGAAAAAGAGAAAGAAAGGGAAAAAGAGAAGGAGAAAGAAAAGGAGCAAAGAGAAAGGGUGACCCGUGGAAGUUCUGGAGGAGGAGCUGUGAAGGAAGAGAGGGAGAAAGCAAUUACAAGCAGCAGCCAAUCAGAAGACCUCGCAGCCGAACGUUGCGCUGUGAUUGGAGGACCUAAACGGAAGGAAAUAGAGCAGCUGAAAAUAGUGAGGGUGGACCUAAAGAAAGCCCAAGAGUCACAGAGGGAGAUGAAACUCUUGUUGGACAUGUAUCGUUCUGCGCCAAAAGAGCAGAGAGACAAAGUGCAACUGAUGGCAGCGGAGAAAAAGGCAAAGUCAGAGGCCGAGGAGCUCCGUCAGCGUGUGAGAGAGCUGGAAGAGAAGGAGAGGAGGGAAGGAAAGAAGAUGGCUGAUGAAGAAGCCCUGAGGAAGAUCCGCUCAGUUGAGGAGCAGAUCGAUAUACUCAAUAAAAAACUCUCUCUUGCUAAGCAGGAGGAGGAUGCUUUGCUGAGUGAGAUGGAUGUCACCGGUCAGGCAUUUGAGGACAUGCAGGAACAGAACAUUCGUCUGAUGCAGCAGCUUAGAGAGAAAGAUGAUGCCAACUUCAAACUCAUGAGCGAGCGCAUCAAAUCUAACCAGAUCCACAAACUCCUCAAGGAGGAGAAAGAGGAGCUAGCUGACCAACUGCUUACACUAAAAACACAGGUGGAUGCUCAGCUGCAGGUUGUACGAAAACUAGAGGAGAAAGAGCGCCUCCUGCAGGGUACCAUCAGUGCUGCAGAGAGGGAGCUGUCUCUUCGCACACAGGCAUUAGAGAUGAACAAGCGCAAGGCACAGGAGUCCGUGUUGCUCUCUGAGGAGGUGCGUGCUCAGCUGGAGGGAGUGCAGCAGAGGUUGAGUGCGGUCAGAGAGGAAGUGAUCGAGAACAGCAUCUCCCGAGAGAAAGAGUCUUUCAAUACUCGUCGUGCACAGGAGGACAUAUCAAAGCUGCGCAGGAAGAUAGAGAAGACCAAGAAACCUGCAGAGAACAUUCGCAAUGGAGAUGAGAUACUGAAUGAGGAAAUAAACGAAUACAAGGCCCGGUUGACGUGCCCAUGCUGCAAUUCACGCGUGAAGGACGCUGUUUUAACAAAGUGCUUCCACGUUUUCUGUUUUGAAUGCGUGAAGACACGUUAUGACACUCGCCAGAGAAAGUGCCCAAAGUGCAAUGCUGCUUUUGGUGCCAACGAUUUCCACCGCAUCUACAUCGGAUAAGCAUAUGAUUCAUUAUAUCCGAAUCUGAUUGGACCAGUUUCUCAACAUUGUUCUUUAGUUUGAGCUUGUCCUAUAUCCUUGGGCAGACAUCAGCUCUAUUCUACAUUCCGUUCAGAAACCAACUAAAGUGUUUAUGUGGUAGGUUUUCCCAGAGCCGGUUUAACAGAACUAACCUGGUCACAUUCCACAGGCCUGACUCAUUCAACAUUAUUCACUCACAAAAGCUGCUGCUUGCUCCCAGGAGUGUCCUGACUGUUUGCUGUCUUAAAUCUCAAACUGCCUAGACCAAAUCUCCCAUUCAACCUCAACUUUAGUUUUACUACCCAGUGAUUUCUGAGCCAGUGUGAACCCAUCAACAACAGCGAUAGUCUUUAUAGGCUUUUCAGUGAAAACAAGCUGCUGAGUAGACUGGGGAACAGAUCACUUACAUUGAGUUUGCAUUUGGGAAAUUGCCUGACCAGCUGUUAUUGUCAUUUUUGUACUGUUUACUUUUUCAUUUUUGACUGCCUACUUGUGAUGGUUGUGCAACGACUUCAUUCAUUAAAAUGUAGAAAUGUAUGAACUUUGUUUAUUUGUGCUUCCUUAUUGAAAUUACCAUUAAUUAGUUCUACAGCUGAUGCGUUUAUACAAUGUGACUUACAGUACACACCCAAGGGCAAAAUGGUGAUGGACCCCUUGUAGUGUUUGAACUUACAACCACUUAGUUACCUGCCAGAUCUUUAGA